AUGGAAGGAGGUGCCGAUGGAACCGUCCGCGUCGGCGGUGUAAACGCCAAACCUGGUCGCGGAUUCGAAUUGGAGUCCGAUUCGGCGGUUUCGUCUCCGGUGACGCGUCAGAAAGCAGCUGCCGCGAAGCAGUUCAUCGAGAAUCAUUACAAGAAUUACUUGCAAGGCUUGCACGAGCGUAUGGAGAGACGCAGAGAGUUUCAGAGGAAAGUGCAAGAAGCUCAGUUACCUGUUGAGGAACAAGACGAGAUGAUGAGGAGUCUUGCUCGACGAGAGACUGAGUAUAUGAGGCUUCAGAGACGUAAAAUUGGGAUUGAUGACUUUGAGCUUUUGACUGUUAUUGGCAAAGGUGCCUUUGGUGAGGUUAGAUUAUGCCGUUUGAGAUCUACUGGUGAGGUUUUUGCCAUGAAGAAGUUGAAAAAAACUGAUAUGCUUAGCCGUGGACAGGUUGAGCAUGUACGGUCUGAGAGGAACUUGCUUGCAGAAGUUGACAGCCGUUACAUUGUAAAGCUUUUCUACUCUUUUCAAGAUUCUGAAUGUUUGUAUCUUAUAAUGGAGUAUUUACCUGGGGGUGACAUCAUGACUUUACUCAUGAGAGAAGACAUUCUCGCCGAAGAUGUUGCCCGCUUUUAUAUAGCUGAGAGCAUUCUUGCUAUUCAUUCAAUCCAUCAACACAACUAUGUUCACAGGGACAUCAAACCUGAUAAUUUGAUACUAGACAAAAGUGGGCAUUUGAAGCUUUCAGAUUUUGGGUUAUGUAAGCCACUAGAUGAUAAGUAUUCGUCACUGCUAUUAGAAGACGAAGAAAUGCUUUCUCAGGAAGCAGAGAGCCAGUCUGGAAAAGCAGACUCUGACAAAGCCCCCUGGCAAAUGCCUAAAGAGCAAUUGAUGCAGUGGAAGCGCAAUCGCCGCGCACUGGCUUAUUCAACCGUUGGAACUCUUGAUUACAUGGCUCCAGAAGUUCUUCUAAAGAAAGGAUAUGGAAUGGAAUGUGACUGGUGGUCUCUCGGAGCAAUUCUGUAUGAGAUGUUAGUUGGGUAUCCCCCAUUCUGUUCCGAUGACCCCCGUAUAACAUGCCGCAAGAUAAUUAAUUGGAGGGUUUGCUUGAAAUUCCCUGAAGAACCAAAAAUAUCAGAUGAAGCCAGGGACUUGAUCUGUCGCCUGCUAUGUGAUGUUGAGUCGAGAUUGGGAACCAGAGGUGCUGAGGAGAUAAAGUCGCAUCCGUGGUUUAACGGCACCCAAUGGGAGAAACUGUAUGAAAUGGAGGCAGCCUAUAGACCCACCGUCGAUGGAGAACUAGACACCCAAAAUUUUGAGAAGUUCCCUGAGGUUGAAGGAUCGCCAUCUGAAGCACCACAAGUUGGUCCUUGGAGAAAGAUGUUGACUUCCAAGGACAAUAACUUCAUAGGAUUUACAUUUAAGAAGUCGGACAUCACAAGAUCAAUGGAAAAUACAGGUGCGGACAUGAAACCAAAUGGAUCAGGGGACGCCCCAUCGUUAAUAUCAUUGUUAGGUCGGAUCAAUAUGGAAGAAGCUGAAAGUG